UCCUGCUAAUAUACACACCAAAAAAAUGUAUUUAUGAUAAUUACACGGACUGCCUGGAACAAUGCAUUCCAACAUCCUGUAACAUAAAUAAGGAAGGUGGGGCCAGCUGACAUUAAACGGCUUGUGUGCCAGAAAUCCUGAUCUCCACUAUAUAUAUACCCUUUUCUAUUGCACGGUCUCAGUCUGGCAGCGUUGAACCUGUUGCUGCAUUAGCCGAGUUGUAUUUUGCUAGAUAGGGGAAGGAGGGUUGUCUGCUGUCUGGUAGGAGGGCUUUGUCUGUGUGUGCCUUUCUCUCUGUCUCUCACACUCUCGCUUUGCGCUCUCUCUCUCUCUCUCUCGCUCUCUCUCUCUCUCUCUCUCUCUCUCCCUUUCCCGUCUCUGUGGUUUGUAAGGUAGGUUGCAGUGUGUGUAUAUACACAACAUCAAGAGCAGGAAAAUGGACUCAUUAGGGAGGCAGGCAGUCAUUACCAUUCACACUGCACUUCCAGGGAGACAGCGACUAUGAGGAGACAAACUGAGGACUGGGGAGCAAGCAGCACAGAAAAGAAGUGUUAGGAAUUGCUUUUACCCCCUUUGGUAUCCGACGAAGAAAGGGAACUAGAGGGCUUAACGCAUCUGCUGCUUCUUGCUCCUGCUCUGAAAACAAUCCCUCCUUAUAUUUGCUAGUAGAGCUCAACCUUGCAUCCCACUCCAUCAUGUUGAUUCUCAUUUGGCUUCAUGAGUGCCUGAAGUUACAUUUUAGAUGCUGAAAUCAUUGCACCUUAAAAACAAAAAAGAUUGAGCUGCACUGCAUUCUUCUUCCGUCGUGCUGUAAUCAGUUCCAGAAUGAUGGAACUUGGGAGAUUCAUGUGACUAAUGAAAGCCAUUCGGAGAUAAAAAGCUUGAAGAGGAGAGCAGCAUCAGCUGGAAUAUUUCGUUCCAUGUUGCAAGAGACAGGGCGAGUUGGCUGGAAUGAAACCUUCUUUUCCAUACAGUUGGCUUGAAAUGCUGCAUUUAAGAGAAAACAGCAAACAUUUCUGAGUUACAAAGCACCAAACAGCUACAGACUCACUUGCUAUAAGACAAGCAAGUGUCUUCACACAAUUUUGCUGAAGGUCCAUGUUGACCAAGACUGCAUAAGAACAGAAAGCAGACUUUGCACAGCCUGCAUCCAGAGCACUUGCUCUCAUCACGAGGCCACACCGCUUCCUCAAAUUACAGGCACAGCUUUUCUCUGCCCCAAUGAAUGUCUGCGCUAGGUCUAAAACUUGGAGUGAUUUACCUGAAGAGUGAUACCAUCAAGAAACCACUGAAGAAACCCAAGACAGCUGAAAAACAGAAAGAGCCUGAGGAGAAUGAGAUUACGCAGACGGGUGCAUACAGCGCCAAGUCAGGCCUUCCCUGCCUGAACUUUGAAACUGUCCCAUCUUUGAGCCCAGCUCUCAUCCAUUCAUCACAUUCAGCAAGAAACCUGCACGCACACACAGGGUCACCUGAUUGUAACAUUAGUUGCAAGGGGAUGACAGAGCGCAUUCAUAGCAUCAAUCUCCACAACUUCAGCAAUUCUGUGCUCGAGACCCUCAACGAGCAACGCAACCGUGGCCACUUCUGUGAUGUGACGGUCCGCAUCCACGGGAGCAUGCUGCGCGCCCACCGUUGUGUGCUGGCGGCCGGCAGUCCCUUCUUCCAGGACAAGCUGCUACUGGGCUACAGCGACAUUGAAAUUCCUUCUGUGGUGUCAGUCCAGUCAGUACAAAAGCUCAUUGACUUCAUGUACAGCGGGGUGCUACGGGUCUCGCAGUCAGAGGCCUUGCAGAUCCUCACAGCAGCCAGCAUCCUUCAGAUCAAGACUGUGAUUGACGAGUGCACCCGGAUUGUGUCACAGAAUGUGGGCGACAUCUAUCCAGUGAUCCAGGAUUCUGCCCAGGAGACGCCGCGAGGAACUCCUGAGUCAGCCACUUCAGGACAGAGCAGUGAUACAGAGUCCGGCUACCUGCAAAGUCACUCACAGCACAGUGUAGACAGGAUCUAUUCAGCAUUGUAUGCCUGUUCUAUGCAGAAUGGUAGCGGAGAGCGUUCAUUCUACAGUGGAGCAGUGGUCAGCCACCAUGAAACAGCGCUGGGACUUUCCAGAGACCAUCGUAUAGAAGACCCAAGCUGGAUUACACGGAUCCAUGAGCGCUCACAGCAGAUGGAGCGGUAUCUCUCCACUACCCCAGAAACUACACACUGCCGGAAGCAACCACGUCCAGUUCGGAUCCAGACCCUCAUGGGCAAUAUUCACAUCAAGCAAGAGAUGGAGGAUGACUAUGACUACUAUGGACAGCAGAGGGUACAGAUCCUAGAGCGAAAUGAAUCUGAAGAAUGCACUGAGGAUACAGAUCAAGCAGAAGGCACUGAGAGCGAGCCCAAGGGGGAAAGCUUUGACUCAGGAGUCAGUUCCUCUAUUGGCACUGAGCCUGAUUCUGUUGAGCAGCAAUUCAUAACUGGUCUAAGCCGAGAAGGUCAGCAAGACCCUCCUCAAGCAGAACAAAAUGAUGCUUCUGCUGAAGGCAUUCAGCAGCAGCACAUAGAUGCCAACUCUUCCUCACCGGAGAGAGGCAAUGACAUUGAAAGGGACAGCACACUGCUCACUGUAAGCAACAGUACUGAAAAGGGGACUUUGCAGCCUUCUAUCACUACAACUGUUGCCCAAACAUUGCCAAGCACCCAGCUCUACUUACGCCAGACAGAAACUCUCACCAGCAAUCUGAGGAUGCCGCUGACCCUGACCAGCAACACACAAGUCAUUGGCACAGCUGGCAAUACCUACCUGCCUGCACUGUUUACUACACAGUCUGCUGGCAGUGGUCCUAAGCCUUUCCUCUUCAGCCUGCCCCAACCCUUAGGCCAACAGACACAGUUCGUGACAGUCUCCCAGCCUGGUCUGUCAACCUUUACUGCUCAACUGCCAGCCCCACAGCCCCUGGCUCCUUCUGCAGGCCACAGCACAGCAGGUGGGCAGGGUGAAAAAAAGCCUUAUGAGUGCACCCUCUGCAACAAGACUUUCACCGCCAAACAGAAUUAUGUCAAGCACAUGUUUGUACAUACAGGUGAGAAGCCGCACCAAUGCAGCAUUUGUUGGCGAUCCUUCUCCCUAAAGGAUUACCUAAUCAAACACAUGGUGACUCACACCGGUGUCAGAGCCUACCAAUGCAGCAUCUGUAACAAGCGUUUUACCCAGAAGAGCUCCCUAAAUGUGCACAUGCGGCUCCACCGUGGGGAGAAAUCCUAUGAAUGCUACAUCUGCAAGAAAAAAUUCUCACACAAGACCCUGCUCGAAAGACACGUGGCUCUUCAUAGUGCCACAAAUGGAACACCUAGCACAACGGGCACUGGUGCAAGGGCUCUUCCCACUGGAGUGAUGGCCUGCGCAGAGGGAACCACAUAUGUCUGCUCCGUCUGUCCUGCUAAGUUUGACCAAAUUGAGCAUUUCAAUGACCACAUGAGGAUGCAUGUUUCAGAUGGAUAAGUAAAAUCUAUUCUGUUAUGAACAACAACAAAGCCCAACCAGAGAAACAACAACAAAAAGCUAUGGCACUAGAAUUUAAUAAUUUUUUUUCAUUUUUACUUUUUUGUUUGUUUAUUUUCAUUUCAUUUUUGUACUACAUGAAGAACUGUUUUUUGCCUGCUGGUACAUUACAUUUCUGGAAGCUGGGUGAAUAGUAAUUAGCUCAGCCUUCCUUUGAUGGUGGCCUUAAGGCCAGAUAGUGCUUCAAGAGAUCUACUGGUUGGAUCUCUAGCUACUGGCCUCUAAAUACAACCCUUCUUUACUACAAAAAAAAACUUUUAAAAAAAUCUUCUUUGUCACUUGUGAAGAGCACUACACACAAAAAAACCCCAACAACUAGAGGAGAAAUAUGUUAUGAAAUCUACAAGGCCUACUGUCGUAAGUACACCGCUUACAGUGUUUCAAUGGACAGAUUCACAAUUCUGACCGCUCUGGACUUCACAGUAUCCAGUUAAAACUGUGGAAUAGAACCAUAUGGUUGAGCAGCAACCACCGAAAAUGGGCCCUAUUGGAUUCCACCAUUAGUCUUGCUAUCUUAAAAAAGGGCUGUGGAGAAGGGCAAGGGAGUUUGGGUUGGAUGGUGUGGAGUCCCUGCAGGAUGGGGAAGGAGAAUAAUAGGUUCCUCUUGUGGAUUCUGUUCCAUUCCACACAUUCUGAUUCACGAUUCCCAACUUCUUUCCUCCCCACUAACAUCAACACCAUAUUUCAUCAAAAGCUAGGAACAAUGAAGUAAGAAUUGAGGUGAGCAAAGCUGGCAUUUUAUGUAAUUUAUUCAGUGUCUUUGCUGAGCCAUGGGCCUCAGCACAAUCAACGGGACUUUUGCAAAUAUCAAAGAGAAACAGCAAAAGGAAAAGAUUUCAAUAUUUUUUUUCCCACCUAGUGUUCUAGAUACACGAAAAGGAUUAGCUCCCACAAUCUUUGGGGGUAGGUUUGUUUUUUUGUUUUUUAAAAGGCUGCAUCAAGAUUUAUUCUUGUGGAGGAAAGUGACGUAGAAAGUGGGUGGGAAGUAACUAAAAAAAAAAGUUCUCAAGAUUUUUUUUAAUUCAAAAUUUUAUAGAGGGACAGAUGUGGUGUUUACCAGAUAGAGUGCUGAUUUUUAAAAAAAAUAUAUUUACCACAGUAUUUGUGUAAAAAAACAAAAAAACAAAAGUGUAACCUUGUUAAAAGUAAUUUUUGUUUUCUCUUUUGUUUUGCAUACACUGCCACUAAUAUCUGCUCAGUUACAUAACUGAAUAUAUAUGUGUAUGGUGUGCACAUGUAUAAAUAUAUGCAUAUAUAUUUAUAUGUGCACGUGCGCACACACAUAUAUAUCUAUAUAUAUAUCAUUGUAGAUAAGGACUGUUCAGAUUAGGAAUCCUACUUCCAAUUAGCAAGAGGGGAAAAGAGAACGAGGUGAUCCUGAUGUCUUGUUUCAACAAAAGAUAACGUAUCAACCUUUUUCUGUUAUUUUUCUCUGUGCUUUUUAGUAGUUUGAAAAUAGCGGUCUGGGAGUAAAGUGAUAUUAUAUGUGAUUUUCCCCUCCAUCAUAUUCUGCCCGCCUUGUAGUGUCACUUGAAAAGCUGUUCUGAAUUUGAAGUUUUGGUUUUAUUUGGCUUUUAAUUGAUUUUCAUCUAAGGUUCUGAUGAAAGGAAAUUGGUUUUCAGAAGCAAGAUUUUAACACUAUUUAUCUGGCCUUUGGAAUGGGAGUAUUUGUUUUGCUCAUAAGUCCUGAAGUCCCUAGGUGGGCAAAGUAUGAAGAUUGUUCUAACACAUCCUGUUAUUCUGUCUUUAAUCUUCCAUAAAUGAGAAAUGGAUCCAGUAUCUUUAGUUACUAAGAUACCAUGAUUGUUCUUUUUCCUUACAAAUACAGCUCAUCUUUGUUAUUUUUCAUCUGCAAAGAUAUUAAAGUUUGGAUAGGUACAGAAAGGUGUGGCCCAAAGUGGAAUAAGGCAGGCAGGAUAUACAUUAGAAAUUCAUUUCAUUUCGUUUUAUUAUUGAUGCAAGGUGUGUCCCCUAAGUUUUAACAUCUUCCUAGAGGAGUUUUUGAGAAUUCAUCACCCAAGGUUGACUGACAUGCUUUUAGUGCCUAGUUGAAUUGGACCAAUGUCUGACAAAUCUCGUAAGCAUUUGUCCUGUGCGGUAAUUUCUAGUCCAAACAAAGUGCCGUAUUUUUCGCUCCAUAAGAUGCACCUGACCAUAAGACGCACCUGCUGGAGCCUUGGCAACGGGACAGCGCCUGCAGCUCAGUAAGCCUGCCUCCAAAGGCAGCAGCAGCGGUGAAACUGAACUCAUUGGCAUUCACGGCGGCUGCACCAACAGCCGCCGCUGCCGCUCUUUUCAGUGAGCCUCAUUCUCCAGCCGCAACAUCUAUCUCCCUGGGCAAUAUUUGCUCAGACAUUACUCGGCUCUGUUGGUAGCACCUCUCUCUCUCUCUGGCUUGGCAUUAAGCCGCAACAGCUCCCCGGGAGAGAGGACACUGGGGGAGGGGGUGGAGAGAGAGCGAGAGAGAACUAGCUUGUCUAGAUCAGGCGUUGUUAAUUUGUAUACCGCCCUCCAUCCAAAGACCACAACGUAAAAAUGCAAAACAAAAACAGAGCAAAAGUGAAGGUUGCCACCUCGCCUUGCAAACAAAACCCAAAAGUGUUGCCUGCCAGCCUUGCUUGCUCAUCCAAGGGAUAAAGAGACCCGUUUCCUCUACUUCUGGGCAACGUCUCCCUCAGAGCCUUCAGACAUACAUGGGCAUCUGGCAGCUAAGAGGCGGAUAUAUUGCUUGGCGGGAGCUCCCAGUCCCAAUUUGACAGAGCACGCGAGGGAGAAAGUUCCCCCUCUGUGCUGGCUCCCGGCUGCUCUCAUGCAAGUCACAGAGUCCCUCGGAUGGAGGGAACUAUAAAGAGUGUUCUAAAGCCUUCUUGGGGGAUGCUCAUGCGGGCGCCACCAUUAGGAUGCUCACAUGGGCGACAUGCCACGCCCCCACUGCUCCAAGAACCAAAGUCCCCAGCUCCGCCACUGCCAGGGACCACACAUUCGCUCCAUAAGACGCACAGACAUUUCCCCUUCCUUUUUAGGAGGAAAAAAUUGUGUCUUAUGGAGCGAAAAAUACGGUACAAUAAUAUGUAAAAGAAGAGACAAAGAGGAAAUACUUAGAUAGAUUGUAUCCCUUUCUCAACCAAAUUUGCUGAGACUAUUCCUAAGCAUGCUUAUGUGGAAAUAAAUUCCAUGGAAAUCAGUGGGACCUACUCCACGUAACACACGUAAUUACAGUGACAGAAUUACUAACAUCUGUGGACUUUAUGAGACACUCCUCCAUGCUAGACAGCUUUAUUCUUAUUUAUUUAAUACUUAAAUCUUCACUAUUCCUUAGGGUGAAAACAUUUGUUUUACUGUUUAUAAUCUAUCUGGGAUAAAAUGGCAUAGUUAGGGGAUAUUGUCAGAUUUCUAGGUAGCCAGUUUGUAUAUGAUUGUUUUAAGAUCCUAACCAGUUACAAUGAGACAGACUUAUCACAUAUGAUAAAUAUUACAAUAUCACGACAAUAUUUUCAAAGAUGACAUUGUUUCAACAUUAACUUUUAAAAAAUGACUAUUGGCACAAGUGAAAGGAUAUAUACUGUUCUUAUAAAUUAUUUAAGCAAUUUAGAUGCUGCCCCUGUCACCAGUCAAUAAAUGCACGAUAUCACAGUUCUAAACAAGCUGAACGGAAGUCCCUGUAUAGGAACUUUAUCCCCACUGGGCUCUGAACUGAGGAAAAUGCGUUUAAGAUUGAGAUUAUAAAUGUUGACUGCCAUUGUAGUAAUUCACAAACUAAAGGCAAAAAAUAGCUGCAUCAGAAUGAAAAGAGAAAGAUCAGGAAGUGCACAAAAGUAUAUGACAGUGUCUUUUGGAAGAACAUUAUCUUCACUGAGUACAAAGAUAAUGUUCUUUAAUUUACUUUAAGCAAUAUCUCAAAUUUCUUCACAUGAGGAGAAAAGGUAGUUGUCAAUAACAGAGGGGGGGAAGAAUACGAUAAAAUACCCUAAUAAUAAAUUUGAUUGAGGUGUCAAAAGAGGGACAAGUAUUUGGGAAAGUGAUGGGGAAGCAGUUUAGAAUCAGUAUUUUUGAUAUCAAUGUCCCCCUAAUGUACUAUCUCUACAGUGAAAAUCUGUAUUAAAAUAUCAAUAUAUAGUAAUCUGAUGCUCAAUCACAAAUGAAAAACGCCCAUCAGAAAUUACGACAUGGUUCAGACAUUUACUAGGCAAGAAUAGGCUUUGAUUGGAGGAAGAGUAAUUCAACACCCCUGCUCACACAACUGAAAUAAUAUAUAUUGUGUAUGCUCCAUGCAGACUUUUAUGUGCAGCUGAUCCAUUAAUGUGAUUUUACCAGUCUCCUGUCCUAGCAAUGGAGCACCUGAAUCACAUGUUUCUUCCAGUGAAUGGUGCAGAACAGAGACACUUGCACCACUUCACCCCAUGAAAGCUGUUACCACCUGUAAAUGUCUGAAUUAGGUAAAUUAGAUUUAUGAAAUUUAAAUUGAGUGACAAGCUAUCUACCGUAUUUUUCGCUCUAUAACACGCACCUGACCAUAACACGCACAUCGUUUUUAGAGGAGGAAAACAAG